CUCUGGUCAUCUCGUGUACUGUGUCCGCAGUCUCUGGUCAUCCACUGUACUGUGUCCGCAGUCUCUGGUCAUCUCUGUACUGUGUCCACAGUCUCUGGUCAUCCCCUGUACUGUGUCCGCAGUCUCUGGUCAUCUCCUGUACUGUGUCCGCAGUCUCUGGUCAUCCCUGUACUGUGUCCGCAGUCUCUGGUCAUCCCCUGUACUGUCCGCAGUCUCUGGUCAUCUCCUGUACUGUGUCCGCAGUCUCUGGUCAUCUCCUGUACUGUCCGCAGUCUCUGGUCAUCUCCUGUACUAUGUCUGCAGUCUCUGGUCAUCUCGUGUACUGUGUCCGCAGUC